AUGGCAAAAACACGAUCGAAACCUGCAGCUGCGACGAAGAAAGAUGAACGCGGGUCCACCAAGCCAACGACAAAGAGAAUAGAUGCGAGUGUCCCCAACCCUCCACACGUCUUCGUGCUGCCAAAGGAAACGUCGUCGGAAGCACGAAUCGUGACGAUACCAGAUCCUGCAACAGACAUUCCGAGUCGGUAUCUGGUAUGUCCAAACAAGGGAUUCUACGAGUUCACAAAAGUUGGAGCGCCGAAGAGGGAGCAAAGAAGUUGGCUGCUGGCGCCAGAUCGGAAUCAGGAUGGGACAGAACAGGCUCAGGAAGACGGCAAGGACGCAGGAUACGUUCUUCAGGCACCGAAUAUGCUCGUUGCGACGCCCGUCGACCCUCUAUGCAUGCUCCUUCCCUCCCUGGCUGGCGAUGUCGAAAGCCUUGGACAAGAGUAUCUGGCACCGUCAGACUACCUAGCAAAGCUCACAGAGCACUCAAAACAGCUGGCACACAUCAUACAUCCUAAUCAACCCGGACCGCUCGAAAAGAUCAUGGAGUCACGAAUGGAAGCAGUAUGUGACUACAUGGACGUGGGCGAUGAGAAGAUGUAUGCCUUGUCGCUCCCCAAGCUGGUCAAAGAGCUGGUCUCGAAGGCGAGAAAAAUGACCCAAAAGGGCCUGCCCGCCAGCAUGGAGGACAAGUUCGUCAAGCGAGCUCUGGACGUGCCGGUGCUGAGCAUAAAGCGGGAGGAGAGCAGUAUCAGCAUUGCUGCGGACGAUGCUACGCCUGGUGCUGAGAGCGAGUCUGCUUCUGAAGCGCAGUCGCAGGCAACGGACGCUUCAGUGACCACAGUCACAUCUGUCUCGACUGCUGCCACAUCUGUCGCACUGCCAGAAGACACGACUUUACCACCAAGCCAAGCUGUCGAGCUCCUGCGACUUCGUGUGGCACUCGACUUCAUGCUUGCAUCUUACGUGGCACCGGCAAUCCGCAGCAAGAUACAACCUCUCCUCAAAGACGAGACCGUCACAUCAAUCGAUUUCUCGCCGCUAGACAAACACCUCGAACACGUCGCUUCCCUCAAAAAGCAAGCCCAAGCCCUGCGCUCAUUAAGCGACAACAUCUCCCACAAACGAAGUGCCGUGGACGACGAAGAAGCUCUCGACAAAGCAGAGGCCAAAAAGCGCAAAAAGGAGGAAGAAGACGCCCGCAAGAAGAAUACCAGCCACGGUGUCAAGCAGCUAGCCAAGGUGAACACGACCGGCAUGAAGAAGAUGAGUAGCUUCUUUACCAAGGCAGCAGCGAAGAAAUGA